GAGCGGCAUCAGUAACUGCAGUCGUCCCAGCUGAAUUAACGGAGUCCAAAAUCGCCCAUGCACCGGAUUCACAGACUUUAUCAUGCUGCAUUAUUUGCUUCGGACUGAUGAUGACCAUUGCAGAUCUCUGGCAUAAUAAAUGCAGUAGCGAUCUUUUGUGUGAUGGGUCCAAACUACCGAUGCAUUAGGCUGAGAGAAAAGUUGCUAUUCAAACCAUCUCCAUUUAAAUGGACUGUAGAUGCACCAGGAGUGAUCUGUCUUCUCCUCUGUGCAGUUUGACAUGAUGGUUCAGCUGGACUGCGGCAUUAAAGUUUUGGGACCAGCAAGUUUUUCUCUGUACUUUGUGAUAACAGCUGGGCUUCUGUCCGUGCUCGAGAGCACAACAUCGAGCGGAUAUAAUCAAGACACAGGUAGUUCUCUUGAUGGACUUCCAAACUAUGAAGUUGUUCAUCCUAUCAGAGUGGAUUCAUCAGGACAUUUUUUGUCCAAUCAUGUGUCCCACCGCGUGAGUCGAAUUCGGAGGAGAGAGACGGCAAAAACCAAAGAGAGCCUGGCCCAGGUUUUCUACCAUCUGCAGUAUGGUGGUCAGGACCUGCACUUUAACCUCACCCUAAACCCUUAUCUACUAGCGCCUGGAUUCCUCACGGAGCGGAGAUACGGUGGCCUGCAAGGGUCUACAUUACACAGUCAUGGCCAUUCUCUCUGCUACUUCCUGGGAGACGUCUGGAGCAGUACACUGAUGUGGGGUCAAGCAGCUGUGAGCACCUGCAAUGGCCUGACAGGGCUGUUCAAGCUCUCAGAAGAGGAAUUCUUCAUUAGUCCGCUGGAGACGACACGAGAAGAGUCGGCCCCACGGGCUCACGCCAUCUAUAAGAGACAUGCUGUCCAAUCAGAACGCCAGCUGGUGCAGCCUCUGUUUGGGGAGCACACAGCUAACGCGACCUGUGGGGUCAGAGGAGAGGCAGAGAAGGUGGAGAGGCAAAGAGAGCGCUGGGAGAGACGGCAACGUCGCAGACGGAUUAGACAGCGCUCCAUAAGCACUGAGAAGUGGGUAGAGACUCUGGUAGUGGCUGAUUCUAAAAUGGUGGAGUACCAUGGACGCAAAGGAGUUGUGAGCUAUGUGCUCUCUGUCAUGAAUAUUGUGGCAGGAUUGUUUCGGGAUGCCAGCAUCGGAAAUGCCAUCAACAUUGCUGUCGUGCGUCUCAUUCUGCUGGAAAAGGAUGAGGAGGAUCUGAAAAUCACCCAUCAUGCAGACAACAGCCUGAACAGCUUCUGUAAGUGGCAGAAAGGCAUUAAUAUGAAGGACGACGAUCAUCCAGUCCAUCAUGAUGUGGCUGUCCUGAUUACUAGGAAGGACAUUUGUGCCGCCAUCAAUAAGCCUUGUGAGACAUUGGGACUGUCUCAUGUGGCUGGAAUGUGUCAACCUCAUCGCAGCUGCAGCAUCAAUGAAGACACGGGCCUGACUCUGGCGUUCACAGUAGCUCAUGAGCUCGGACACAACUUUGGGAUUCAGCAUGAUGGGAACGGCAAUGACUGUGAGCCCAUUGGGAAAAGGCCUUUCGUCAUGUCUCCACAGCUUCUGUACGGAACCUCUCCACCCAACUGGUCUCGCUGCAGCCGGGAAUACAUCACCCGCUUCCUCGAUCGAGGCUGGGGCUGGUGUCUGGAUGACCCUCCUGUCAGAAACGAUCUGGAGGUGCACUCUGCUCCCCCUGGUGUCCUGUACAGCGCUGCUCAUCAGUGCAAGCUCCAGUACGGAUCCAACUCACUGCUCUGUGACGACGUAGAUAAUAUCUGCAGCACCCUGUGGUGCACAGUGGGCUCGACCUGUCACUCCAGGCUGGAUGGUGCCGUGGACGGGACCAAGUGCGGUGAGGGCAAGUGGUGUUUUGAUGGUGAGUGUGUGGAGACGGGCUCCCAGCCUGACAGCGUGAAUGGAGGCUGGGCUUCAUGGAGCGACUGGUCUGAGUGUACGAGGACUUGCGGCGCGGGCGUUCAGAAUGCCCAGAGGGACUGUGUCAACCCAGUACCCAAGUACGGCGGUAAAUACUGUCUUGGAGAACGUCGCAGAUAUCGAACCUGUAACCGUGACCCCUGCCCUGAGGACCAGCCCAGCUUCAGAUACAUCCAGUGCAGCCGCUUUAACACAGUCCCUUAUAAGGGAAAGUUUUAUAAAUGGAUACAUGUGAAUAACAGAGCUAAUCCGUGCGAGCUGCACUGUAGACCCAUGAACGAGCAUUUCUCGGAGAGGAUGCUAGACACUGUUGUGGAUGGAACACAGUGCUAUGAGGGCAGUCAGAGCCGCGACAUAUGUGUUAACGGCAUUUGCAAGUACCUAGGCUGUGAUUAUGAGAUUGACUCGGAUGCUGUUGAGGAUCAAUGCGGCGUUUGCCAUGGAAAUGGAUCUACAUGCGAGACAGUGAGAAAGACUUUCGAGGACAGUGAAGGCCUUGGCUAUGUGGACAUAGGCUUGAUUCCGGAAGGAGCGCGGGACAUCCGUAUUGAGGAAGUCGCAGAGGCUGGGAACUACUUAGCAUUACGUAGUAAUGACCCUGAAAAAUAUUUCCUGAACGGUGGCUGGACGAUCCAGUGGAAUGGCGAGUAUAAGGCAGCAGGAACAAUAUUCACUUACGAAAGGACAGGGCAGCUGGAAAACCUAUCUUCUCCCGGACCGACCAUGGAGCCAGUGUGGAUUCAGCUGCUUUUUCAGGAGACGAACCCUGGGGUGAGAUACGAGUACACCAUAAGCAGAGACACUCUUGUCGAUUCCAACAACGGCACUGCUGUCUCUUAUUUCCAGUGGGUUUAUGGGGCUUGGACUGAGUGCAGCGCCACAUGUGGAACUGGUGUGCAGAGGCAAGUUGUGCACUGUGUGGAGAGAACAUCUGGAAUUGUUGAGGAGCAUUACUGUGAUCCAUCAACUAGGCCUGAUGACAAGCAAACUAGCUGUAAUAAGGGCUCGUGUCCAGCCAUAUGGUGGGUUGGAGAGUGGCAGAAAUGCUCAUCUAGCUGUGGGGACAUGGGGCUUAGUAAGAGAACAGUGCUGUGUAUUCGGAGCCUAGGGCUGGAUGAGCAACGAGCGCUUCAGCCUACCGAAUGUCAACACUUGCCUAAGCCUGAGUCAAUUGUCCCGUGCAACACACGCGUGUCCUGUCCUGCAGACUGGACUACUGGAAGCUGGUCGGAGUGCUCAGUGAGCUGUGCAGCUGGUGUCCGCAUUCGUGACGUGACCUGCAGCUGGAAUACUGGUGCAGACUGUGAUCCGAAAGCCAAGCCUAAUGCAACCAUGCCAUGCUAUGCUAAGGACUGCCCCAUGAACUCGGACACCUUUGGCAACGACUGGUCAGGAAGUGGAGCAUCCAGCAAAGAAGUUUUCAAUGAGAUAAAAGCUAUACCUUAUGACAGUCCUACUAUAAAUCAGCCCAGGGGCAAUGUUGACCUCAAUGACAUUAUAGAAGAUGAUUUCUCACAUUACAGUCAUGUUGAAAAGUCCUCUGAAAAUUCUAUUGUGAAAAAUCUUCAAGUUGAUGAUUUUUACUAUGACUAUAAUUUUAUAAAAUUCCAUGAGGAUCUGUCAUAUGACCUUGAUAAAGGUGAAAAUAUGUUUGAUAACUCAGGAAUAAAACAUGGAGACGUUUAUCUGGCAGGGACAGAUGUCCCCAUAACUACCUCAUCGCCAUCCACCACUGCAAACCAAUACAGCACCACCACUAUGCGCUCUGACAGCAUUGCAGGCAAGGGUACUGAAGGUCAUGGGGCUCAAAAGAAAGACAUAUUGAAUGAAAAUAAUGAUGAGCUUUUUGCUGAGGACUAUUUUCUGCCUGUCAUUACAACAAUUGAACCAUCCUCUGUUGCUACCAGGUUAUUUAACAAAUGGAAGGCAUCAGACAUUGAUAUUGGCUUAAGUCAGGACAUAAGCAUUACAAGGAAGCCUCCAUCAACUGCAGAUGUAUCCCCUCAGGACAAGCACACAUUAUCAUAUGAAACUGUGCCAAACAUCAUCUUAACUCCUGAAACACAUGAGCAUUUGAACGGAAAUUCAAAUAACCAUGACUUUACUAAAGAUGAGAAUGAAGGGGUGUUUGGUGAAGAUGUUCCUGGGGGUGAAAGUGACUGGAAAAGCUUUCAACCACAACAUGGCACUCAAAAUUAUGAACCUCCUUUAGAUUAUGUGUUUCAGUUUGAGAACAGACAUGUUUAUAAUCCCACUACUCCAUUACAAUGGCGUACGGCCUCACCGACAGUCUCGCUGAGUGCAACAUCUCACCCAUUGGAGCUUCUAAGCAGUGCUUCCAGCGAUGACUUGGCAAAAUAUGAAAUUCUCACUGAGCCACCAACUAAAACGAAGGCUAGUGAACCAUGGCCCGAUGUAAGAGAGUUUACUACGACCUCAGAUAUCCUUUCUCAAGAGUCUGUUCCAUCUCUAACUUCCUCUAUCCCAGCCAAAAAUUACAGUAGCGUGACCUCAGCAGCUGGAACAACAGCUCUACCUCCUACAGAAACGGAAAGUGACUUUGAGCCCCCGCUCUUCACUCCAAAUGAGAUUCCGGACACUACAAUUGCAGCAGAAACUCACAGUUGGUAUUCAGGAGCCAUUGUGACAACUAAGACAAGCGGGCCUAAAAUAGAGCCUUGGGGAACUCCGGUCCCCUUACCUCAUUGGACAGAGAUUGAUAACAAUGAGAUUAUUAUUGCCCGAAUGCUGAGACCUACUGAGCUGAACCCCACUCUCUCUACUCCUACUGAGCAGCCAUCUCAGGGCACUAGCAUUGAGCAUUCAGUGCAUUCAUCUAGCCCUCUGAUGCCCACUGGGCUGGUCAUGUCUUCCCUUUCCCCAUCGGCCUUCCCUGCACACUGGAAAAAAGGCAACUGGAGUGCUUGCUCCACAAGUUGUGGGCUUGGUGCCAUUUGGAGGUCAGUGUCCUGCAGCACUGGUGAAGAAUCAGACUGUGACUUAGCUACUAGGCCAGUGCCAGCGCGCCGCUGCUACCUUCGACCCUGCUCCGCAUGGAAAAUUGGAGAGUGGAGUAAAUGCUCGAAGAACUGUGGUGUAGGAGUGAAGGUCCGAGAGAUUCAGUGCUAUGACACACGAGAUCAGCGGUUGCUGCGGCCAUUUCAUUGCCAGGCCACUUCCCCCAGACCUCCUGUCCGAAUUUCCUGUAACAUCCACAACUGUUUAGAUUGGUACACCUCCUCUUGGGGGCAGUGUUCAGAGCUGUGUGGAGGUGGGGAGCAACAGAGGCUGGUCACUUGCCCUGAAUCUGGGAAAUGUGAUGAUGAUCUGCAGCCCAGCAACAUCCAGACUUGCAACGUCCAUCCAUGCAACCAGUGGAUUACUGGAUCCUGGGGUCGGUGUUCGGUGUCCUGCGGAGGAGGCGUUCAGCGGCGACUGGUCAAAUGUGUCAACACUAAGACCGAGCUUGAGGAUGAAAAUGAGCAUGUGGAUUGUGAUCAUGAACCUCGACCAAAGAACACAAAGAAGUGUAACAUUCAUGACUGUGACAGCGCCCCCUCUGGUCAGUUGUGUUUACGGGACCUUUUGACAUUCCGCUUCUGUCAGACCCUCCAAUGGCUUGGCCGAUGUCAGGAGCCUUCUGUCCAUGCAAAGUGCUGCAAGACCUGUGGGCUCCCAUCACGGGGCGGCGAUCGCACUGCAAGUCGCUGAGAUACAAAGGGAUUGCAGAAUGACUGUUGUAAGCCAGGAAACACAAGAUUAUAACACAAAUACUCAAAGCAGUUCCAUUGUUUGGACAGACUUUCGGUCUGGUCUGGUCAAGCUGAUGCCAUUGACCAACAGUUAAUCAGGGAGCCACUUUGUCCCUACAUCCUUUAACACAGAAAAAGUGGUGCUUAUUUCCGUCCAUCAUCUCAGAUAAGUGGUAGUAAAGCAGGUAGAGUGGACCAUCUUGCCAUCUCACUAUAGUGACUACAGUAAUUAAGCUUCCAUUUCUUUACUAAUUGGCAAUUAAUAGAACAAGUCUAUUCAUAAUGUGGCUAUUUUAAUCGUAUCUUUUAACUCUGCCAAGACUGCAGUUCAGUUAUUUGUAAUUUUAUUCCUGUUUAUCACACUUUUUUAUUCAUUGAACCACAUAUAACCACCACGCUAGGAAUUCCACUUAACUGCAAGUUGAGCUUGUUGAUGUUUCUAUUUAUUGCAGCUGAUUGCAAAUCAAAUAUAAAACCAGUAAAGAAGUACCUGGUGCUGCAACAUAAACUGGUGCUAAAGGUAGCGAGCGCUGAGCUCCUCAAUCAGUCUAGUGUUGGCUGGUACUUGAAUUCUAAAGUCAAUAUUUAUAGUAUCUUAAUUGUAUGUCUUUAUUACUUACCCUUUUGGAUGAAUAAACAUAUACACAAAAAUUAUUCAGUUCACCACUUUUCAAAAUGUAUACAUUAGAGCUGCACAAUUAAUCGUUAAAAGAUUGCAAUCUCGUUUCAAACACCCACACAAUCUUAUUCCAAAAUGAGAGCGAUUUGGCUCCGUCUAUUAAACCUUUGACAAGUACAAUCACAGCGGUCAUUUAGAUCUGCGUUCUGAUCCAGAGAGAGCAGUUGUCAUGUAUAGGUAUGGAACAGCUUCACAAGCAGUCUUUUCAACCACCAGGUUUUCACAACAAAACCUGCCCAAUUGCUACUCAAAAUUAGCCCAAAACUAGCCCAAUCACGUUUCGGGGGGAUCCCCUGGUAAAAAUCUGCAUUUUUGGCAGGGUUCCCAUGGUAAAUUUCGCAUUCCAGAGGAAUGGAAAAACCACAGACUUGGCAACACUGGCAACCACACAGUAUUAUUAUUUCUGUCUUAGAAUAAUUCAAAUUACCACAGAACUACUGAGAUAAAAGUUUAUAGUUUGGAUAUAAAAACUGAUGUCUAUGGAAGCGAUCAAAAUAGAGCAAAUCCCCUUUUGAAAGUAACUUGACGCUUCAAAUAAAGAUUGUAUCAGUUACAUCGUUACACCAGUAGGUGGCGACAAGUGACUGUUAAAAACGUUUUUGUCAUUGAAUCAUUCAUUCAAGAGAUUCAUUCAAAAAUGCUCAUUCAUCCAGUAACAAGACAAGUGAAGUCUUUAUGAGUGAGUCAUUGAAUCAUUCACGCAACCCAACUUAAUUAAAUAUUUUGUCAGUAAUGUUGUAAAUAAUGUUAAAUCAUGGAAGAAUUGUGAUGUCUACUUUAAACAACAACAACAACAAGAAACGUAGUUCCUAAUUUAUCCAGAACCAUGCGGCUCUAACAUACAUUAUAGAAUAGCUUAAUGUCUGCUUUCUUAAAUUAUAAUGAUUUAUUUUUAAUGCAGUAAUUUUCCUUACAGUAUUGUAUGCUUACAGACAUCAGUUUAAAACAAAACUGUCAAGAUUUUUGUCAGGUACAUGUAAUAUUACAUGAAGUAAAUGUUUAGUAUGCCUUUUUUAUAAUACAUGACCACUAACUGUGCAUUCAGUCUUAAGGUGACCGCACCUUAAGUUGCAUGUUGUAUAAACUGUGCUGCACAUCCUAUGUCUAUAGGAUGCUUUUAAAAUUUCACAUACAUGUCGAUUAGUUGCCUCAGAUGUACAGUAUUUGAAUCCUACUUAUACUUAAUUUUUAACUGCCUAUAGCCUUAUUAUAGCCUACAUGUCACGUCUCUCUAGACAGGUUAUAAUCGAAUUAAAACCAAAACUAAAAUAGAAGUUUUUGCUUUAUGACCUUUCAGGUAUCAUUUAUGUAAAUAAAUAAAUGCAGCUGCACUGUGGUAACACAUUUGCAUCUAACAUGCCAUCUCUGCAUGACAAUUGACACCUACUUUACUUUCAUCACUCGUUCAUCCAAGGACCAUGGGAUGUAUCUGCAGUCUAAAUCAUUUGUUCUUGUUGUUUUGCUCGAAUGAUUCAGACGAGAGGCCUGCGCUGCAUUACUAUCAACUGAUCAACAUCAAAACGACAAAUGCAACAUGUUUUGUUUGUCAGGUUGCACUGAGAAAUUUGAAUUGAUUUGUAAUGAUGUUGUUUUUAUUAAGUGUUUGUUGAGGCCUGUGCUUAGCUAACUGAUGUUUCAGGACUGUUCAGUAUAACGUUUUCUGGUUUACAUAAGAUGUUUUUUUCUACAUAAUAUUGUCUUUUUUUUUUUACAUUAUUUUAUUUUGGGGAAAGUGCCAUUGUCGAAUUAAAUAUCCAUAUUGCACUUCUGUAACACCUUUGUUUUUUGUACUUUAUUAAAUUGUUUUUGUAAAUGAAA